CCGCUUCUCUGUGCGGGUGUAAAUUAUGGACGUAUGCAACUAUUGUUUUGUACAGAAUUAGCUUAGCUAGUAGCAUGACUUUUCAACAUGAUUGCGAAAUAAGAGGGUGAUGUGACCGCUAACGCGAGAGCAGCAUCUGUGAAUUUUUAUUCGGCAGACUGUGUCUGAACGUUGGUGUUAUUACGCGGGGAUAUUUGCCUCCUCUCGUGAGCUGGUAGUGGAUGUUGCUAACCUUGUUAGUUUUAAAGCUAGCUGUCUGCUAGGCAGAGCAAGCUAAUUGCCUGACGGGCUUAGCUAAACUUCAGUAUCGGAUAUUGCAAAUGUCUAACACCACUGACAUGACCCUGCCACCUGAGUGGGACGACGACGAGCGCAUGAAUGUUAUGUUCUCUGAAUUUAAAGAGAACCGAGAUGUGAACACCACGGACUGGGACAGUAAGAUGGACUUCUGGACGGCACUGAUCAUCGAAAGCUGCAAGCAGCGUGGCUCCGUGUGUGUCAACCUGCAGGACCUCAACAAGACGUUCAGGAGGAAAGAAAAGGCACCGCUGGGAUUGCCGACUGUGAUCCAGUCAAUGGCCAGCUGUGGGAAAAUCCAGAGGGAGUCGGAGUUUGCUGCCAAUGUGGAUUGUGGCUGGCUGUCCUGGAGUGUUGGCCUGCUGCUGGUGAAGCCACUGAAGUGGACAUUUUCCACUCUUUUGGGAAGCAACAGGGUCCCUCUGGAAGAGUCUUUUGUUGUCAUUGAACUGGUGAAGGAGAAAGCAGCAGAAUUACUCAGGGUCUACAGAACCAGUGAAUUUUCAAGCUGCUCACUAAUUUCAUUUCAAGAGCUCUUGACAAUCUCCUCUGACAUCUGUGCUGAUGAGAGCACCCUAUGCGUGGCUCUUCUGCAGCUGCAGAGGGACAAGCAAAUAAUAGUUUACUUGCAUGAAGGAGAAAAAAUUGUUAAAUUUUGUCAGCCUGGACAGGAGCGUGUGCCUGCAGUUAGUGAUGUGGACAUUGGCAUCUACCAGCUGCAGCACAGUGAGAAACUGCUUGCAGAGCGGGUGCAGAAACUGGGCCUGGAGACUGACAGAUGCAAAGAGGAAGCAAGAAAUCUGCUUCAUGAAGGGAAGAAAUCACAGGCUCUGAGGAGUUUAAGAGGCCGCAAGAGGGUAGAGAAGAGAAUAGACAAUUUGUCUGCCAAACUGGAAACCAUCAGGGGAAUCCUGGACCGGAUUGCCCAGUCACAGACUGAUAAGAUGGUUAUGCAAGCAUACCAGGCAGGAGUGGCUGCCCUAAGACUCUCUCUUAGAGAUGUGACUGUUGAACGUGCUGAGAAUCUUGUGGAUCAAAUCCAGGAGUUGUGUGACACACAAGAUGAGGUGAACCGAGCCAUCUCUAGUGGUGUGAUCUCUGCAGAUGAAGAUAUGGAUGACUUGGAAGAAGAGCUUAAAUGUUUGUUGGACGAGUCAAAGCCAGAUUCCAUCUCAGUUUUACCUCCAGUUCCAACUAGUAGUGUGGGAGCUACCGGAGAGCAGAUCAUCAGCUCUCGGCCCCCUGUACCUCAGAGCCACUUGAAUAUUACCACUGAGCAGCUGGAGGCAGAACUGAAUCAGCUAACUCUAUCAGAUACAGGUCAACAGAAGAAAGCAACAACGCCAAACAAGAGAAUACAGUAUGCACAGUGAUGGCACAGGCAAGAUAUGACCUGUCUGGAGAUCGUCAUCAACAUAUCAAGACAAGCUGUAUCUCUGCAAGUGAACAUGAUUUCACAAAAGUAAAAAAGAAAUAAUCUCCAUAUAAUAAUUGGAGAAGUUGUGAAAUCAACUUCAGGGUGAAAAAGAAGCACUUUCCUUCCUUUUAAUGAAAAUGAAAAUAAUUCAUUUACAGUGGAGGCAUGCCUAAAAGGACUUUUUUUUAUCUCACAAAUGAACCCACUUUUUAACUUGAAUACCUUUAGAUCUCAAAAUCUGAAGCCUCUUAAGUUAAAAUGGAUAUUUUGAACCGUUUGAAAGCAAGUCACCACCAGGAAUGCUUUAAAUUUGACCAGAGAGCAACUGUACCAGUGGGAUUUCAUGUUAAUUGAUAUGUGUGGUUGUCUGUCAAUGACAGUCCUGUAAAGUGUAUUUAAGUGGCCUUUUCAAAUGUAAAUAUAAGCCUAUAGUAAAAAGAAUUUCAUGCCAAAUGAUCUAUUAUAACCUAACUUCACUUCAAAAUAUGUGUGAAGACUAAGGAACCUACCUUAAAUCAGUGUAACCAAAUAUGUUUGUCCAAAUAAAAUUUAUUUUAAUCA